AUGUUAGAGCUGGCCUUUUGGAUCGGUCCUACUGCAGGCGUGGCUCCUACGGCAGCUCAGCGUGCCGCCUAUGCCGACAUCACACAUACAGUUGCAGCCGAUCGCUGGGUCGUAUUUCAUUUACAUAUCCCCCUGGAUCGAUACACAUUUAGACAAGAGAUCACGAAUGACGUGACGUUUUGGCAUCUGGGCGUCGGCACCAUAACUGUAUAUCAUGGUCAAACCGUCAAUAGAAGUCCCCCUCGAUCUGGUUCCGGCACACUCGAGCCCCGAGUGGAGUUUCGCUAUUCUUCCAAUUAUGUAGGGGGCGUAAAUACCGGCAAUAGGGCUAAUUACAAUGCACUCACCCAAGCUCUGUCUUGUCCUAUAGACUUGAACGCUGCUGUUCAAGCAUCGAUUCGAGUUUCUGUGGAGGCUACCCUUCUAAAUACAUUUAAUCUUUGGAUGUAUGAGCAAGGAAUUACGAGUCUUACUAAUUUGCAAUAUACAUGGCCGUCAUUACCAGAGGAUCAAGGCGGUUUCGAACUUGUAGGUGGAUUUAAUGGAAAUACCAAUCUCAAUCCUGUACCUGGUGGUUUUCAGCAGAAUUGGCUUCCGGACGGGAGUUCUGCACCAGAUAUAAACUCAGCACCCACAGGAACCUCGGGAUGA